AUGUUACAGAAAUAAUUUGAAGAAGAAGAAGAGAGAAGCAAAGAAUUCUUAGCUAAACUAAACUAAAUAAAGAAAGUAUAUCUUUAGAUUCUAAAUUUGAUUAGGUGUCUAAAGAUAUGAAAAAUAAGAAUGUUUAAUCAGUUUAGAGAUAAGAAUGGACCAAAGAGUAUUUACAAUUGAUGAAAUAAGAGAGAAUGCUUAAUAUAGAUUUGGAAUCGAAACUAUUGCUGUUAGAAAUUUAAUCUGAUUUACCUAAGUUUUGUUUAGCUGCUCUUUUAGAGUAAGGAGCUCAAAAUUACAAACAAGUUAAAAAUGAGCUAAUUUAUCAAUUAUAAAAUUUAAAGAAGAUCUAAGUGUAAUUGAAGAAGGAACAAUUACCAAGAUUAGAUAAGAAGACUAAUAAUGAAUCAUCUUAAUUUAAGGAGUUAGGAUUUUCAUUUAAAGAUUAUUUAUAAUAAAUGAUUUAAAAAUUGGAAGUAGAAUAUUAAAAAGAAUCAACAAUAGUUGAUGAAGAGAAUGAAGAAACUUUAGAUAUGUAAUAAUGCAAUGUGGCUAUAUGCAAUUCAUUUAGAAGUAGAAUCGAACAAGAAUAUUUGAAUGAUAGUAUAGUAAUAUUAAUCAUACCAUUUAGAAUUGAUAUUAUAUGCAUAAAAUUGUGAUGAUGAAGAACUAGAAAUACUAGAAAAUUAUGCUAAGGCAUUAGAAUAUCUUCAUGAAAGGUAUUAAUUAGAAAUAUAGAAAUUGACUCCAAAAGAAAGAAUAGAAAUAAGUGAAGAAAUGUUGUAUCUUGGAUCUUCAAAUAGUUUACAUGGGAUGUAGAGAUUGAUGCUUCAUUAUCCAAAAAAGAGUCGACCUGAAUUAUAAGAAGUUGUUGAUUAUAUUAGAAAAUAGAAAGAUAUCAAUAAAAGAUUGGCAAUUCUAUAAAGAAAUUGGAAGAUUGAAUAUUCAGUAAUCAAUAUUGAAUUUAAAUCUUUAGUAAUUAUAAAAUAAAUCAGAAUAAUUGUUAAAUGAUAUGUAAUAGAACAAAAUAUAAAAAAAUUAAAGAUGGAUGGAAUACUUGUAAUUGAAACAAUAAAGAAUAAGAAUAGCAGAAGAAUUAGAAGAGAAGUAUAUUUCUUAUAACUAAUAAAUAUAGACGUAUUGAAUAUGAAAAGAAAUAAUAAAUUUUGUAAUAAUAAAAAGAAGAUGAGAGAGAAUAACAAGAAUUAUUAGAACAAGCUAAACAUGAUGAAUGGUUGAAACACAAAGCUGAUAUUGCUGAAAUAGCACUUACUUAUUAAGCAGAGAAAGAGUAAAAGAGACAACAAUAUUUAAUUUAAUAAUAAUAGUAGGUUGAGAUGGCUAAAAAAUAAUAAUAAUAAUAAAUAGAAUAAGCAAAACCUAGAGUACAAUAAAGAUAAGAUAAAGAAGUAGUCAAAAGAGAGGAUAAAAAGUUGAAAUAAGAGAUUAAGAAAAUGGAACCAGAAAUAAAAGCAUAGAGAAUAGAGGAUGCUAUUAAUAGGUACAGCAUUAGACCAAAUGUUGAUAAGGAUUUUUAAAGACUAAUUAGUGAGACUGAAACAAGAUAAUUGAGAAAACAAACUAAAUAUGAUAAAGCUGAUAAAAUACCUUUAGUAAACAUAUCAAUUAUUUUGUAAAGUCUAAUGUUACAGGAUUUAAUAUUAAUUAAUUAAUGUCAGACAUGAGAUAUCGAUUGUAGGUUGCUUUAAAUGAUGCAGGAUUAGGAUAGACUGCAUAUGCUCGUGAAGUUAUAUUGGGUAUGAGUAGACCUUAGUGA